AUGGCCUUUGCUGACGAUAUGGUUGUGGACCACAACGUCCUCUUGCACCAGGACCACGAUGACGGCGACAUCCUCAGCGAGUUCUUGGACCAGCGGGUGUUUGACCUGGUCAACGGGAACACGCCGUUGAACUCCAAUGGCGUCAGCCCGCUUCAUCAGGAUUUCGACUCCAUUUUCCACAAGUUGAAGCAUGAAGAUGACCUUUUGGACGAAGGCCAGGCAAACACCAUGUCCCAGGAUAUUCUGCCCGACCAGAACUACUUGUACGACGCUUCCCACGAGAACUUUGAGCGGGAAUCCUUUGCAAACGAUAGUCCGAAACACCUGCCGAACGACUCGACCUUAGCCACCUAUGAAGCUGUGCGUAAAGAGGUAUCGAAUAUCAAGUUUGGCACCCUCAACCAGAAGGUGUGCCCGGACUCUUUGGAGCUUGAAGAUUCGUCAUACUUGGAUUUCUCUCCAGAAACGAUGAAACUGCUUCCUUAUAAUUUGGAGGUACUUGACUUGCCCACCUACUCGAGAGUGGAGACGCAGACAAAGUUGCGCUUCAACUUCAGCCCACCGCCGAAGGAAACUUUGGUACGCAUUCCCCAAGACUUGGUUUCAAAGACAAAGCAUUGCUUGCAGAAUCCCGUUGACGCCUUGCCCGAGUUCUUGAAAGAAAACAUGCUCUUCAUGGAUACCUAUGUGCUAACUUCAGAUGGUAAGACUUCGUGCAACAUCUGCAAACGGUGCAUCAAAAGAGAGCAGAAGAGAGCCUCGAGAUCUAAAUCGGGCCCUGCAGACGCUGCUGAUUCACCAAACUCCUCUAUGAACAAGAACCUCCCCAAUAUGUGGAGUAACGAAGACAUGGUUAAAAAAGCUAUUAUUUACAAUUCCAAAGAGAUUGUCAGUUUUGCUCCUCCAACAGGUCUUAUGGAUGAUCCAUGCAAGAGUCUAGAUUUUUCCAUUAGAAUCGUAUGCUAUUGCAGGCAUCACAAGGAGCAGAACGGUUUCAAACUUCUUUUCGUCGUGAAAAACUACCUGGGCGAGGUUGUGGCUAAGCACUUGCUGGAUCCAAUUAUGAUCAUGGACAGGAAAAAGAACCAGAGCGGUGCCAGAGAAUCCACCUCUGCAAAGCCUAGAAUCGUCAAGAGUGAAGAUCUCAAUGGCGAAGGCACCGAUGGCAUGCAUCCACUCUCGCCCAACUCGAUUGAUGACUCGAACUCAGAGGCCUUAGUCAACACUGAUACCAAUACAGACUCAUUCUCUGGUCCUAGAGGAACGAAGAGAAAGAAGAUGUCUUUUGACGACUCCGGUAACAACUCAGGUAAUCCCAUGUACAAUGGCUCCACCGGCUUGUCGCCUCUCAGCAAUAGUGAUACCAACACGUCCAUUCACAAUAUGAACUCAAAGAACGGUUUGCAUCCUGUCAACAAGGGCUCUAUUCAUGGCUCUUUCACGCAGCUGAUGCAAGCGCUGCCUAUCCCAAGGCAACGUCUGCAACAACUGUUCGGCGUUAUGCAGCAAGCCAGUAAUCAUCCUAUGAUUCAAAAGAUUAUUCCUGCCCAAGGCCCUAUCAGAGGCGGUAUCGAAGUCACGCUUUUAGGCUUCAACUUCCGUCCUGGUCUCAAUGUAAAGUUUGGCUCUAAAAACUCUUUGGCUACCCACUGCUGGUCAGAAAGCACUAUGGUGACCUAUCUUCCGCCUGCUGCUCAACCUGGACAAGUCUUGGUUAGCUUUGAAAGUCUAGAACAUGUCAUCCCAGUCAAUCAGCAACUGAUUUUCACGUACACUGACGAUACGGAUCGUCAGCUUAUUGAACUUGCAUUACAAAUCGUCGGUUUGAAGAUGAAUGGAAAGUUGGAAGACGCGAAGAACAUUGCCAAGCGCAUUGUCGGUUCUGACUCGCAAGCUGGUAGUAGCGGCAACACUCCAUCACAGCAAACGAAUGUGUCGGAUAUGAAUCAGGCCAGUAAAGAAUGGUAUGACAAUGCUCACAAGGCCGUGGAGCAGCUAGUGAAGUCUGAGUUAUCCACCGAAGAGAUCCUAAUUAACUUCCUCUCUUUGGUGGAUUUGCCAAAUUGUCCAAUCAUUAUUCCAAACUGGCAAUUAUGCAACAAUCAAGGCCAAUCCUUGUUGCAUCUCGCCACAUUGAAGAACUACACUCAUUUGAUUAAGUUCCUUCUUACUCAUGGGUGCAAGAUUGACAUCAAAGACAACCAAGGAUUGACGCCAUUAUUCUUUGCCUCCAUGUGCGGUCAUCGCGAUUUGAUGAAGGUGUUCAUUGAAUGCAAGUCCAACUGGAACAUGAGAUUGGCAAACGAUAAAUUCUUGAAGGACUACUGCGAUAUCAAUGUGUUGGAUGUCUUCAGCAAACUUGAGGCGGAAAACUACACUUCAGACGACGUGAGUAGCGUGAACAAUUCGGGCAGAGACGCUGUUGAUGAUGAGUUGACAAAAUCAUACAGUGUUGACUCUUUGAACUCAUUGUUCAUGAUUGAUUACGGAAAACACAUCUCAAAGAUGGUGAUUGAAUCGUCCACAGAAGAGGCACAAGACUCACGAGAUGCCGAUGUGUUUGACAGAGCCUACGACAGUGUAACAAGGCCAAGUUCACCCGACGGGUACGGAGACGAUUCUUCGGAUUUCGCAGACUCUGAACUCGACUCGGAUGAUGAUUUCUCCGACCACGAUAGAGAACCAAUUCGGGAACAUUUCCGCAAUGGCAUUUACGAGGAUGAUGAUUACGAUGAUGACUACAAAGACUACGAAAGCAGUGAUGCAAAUGACAGUGACGAGUCCGGUGACGAAGACAGAGACAGCGAGAGGCUUCCCGAUGCAUCCAAGAAGAACGGGCUAUGGCAGAAGAUGAAGAAUGCCGUUUUCCACAGCGACAACAGCGAUGCAGAGCUUCCUUCGUAUGAUGACCUUUUCCCAUUUGGGCAUUCGUCUGUGGGCGAGAAGCCCAAGACACAACAGGAGAGAGCACUCAGUGAACAACAAAACAUGGAAGGAACGCUGGCCACUCGCAAGAGAUCAGCUACGGAGGAAGACGCGGGGCUCGCAUCCGACUCUUCGGAGGACAUGGUGAUCUCAUACAUCAACCACCCACGUAAGACGGUGGAAAGCGACAAGAUGUUGUUGUUCUUCUGGCUCCCGAUCUUGGUUUUCAUCAUUGGAUUGUUUUUGUACGUUGGCAUCACGGGGCAGAAGGUUGGAUUUGUUGAAAAGUUCAAGGAGAUGGGGCGUGACACCAUCGGCAACUUUAUGGUUGGCAACGAACGAAUCACUAGAGUUUUUAGGAAAGAGGCCGUCAACAGGGCGCUGAAGGCGAUCAAGGGUUGA